CAAUGAUUAAUUCAUGUUAAAUAAAUAAAAACAACAAAUUGGAAGAUAACCAUAUUAAUUUCCAUGAUAAGAUCUUGACUGGUCAUCCAAACCAAUUUUCAACAAACAUUUGAUUACAAUCAAGAGCCACUCUUUACUUGGUCUGUCAAUAACAUCUAACAUAAAUCCACCUUCUCCCUCAUAAACUCCAUGUAAUACAAAGCUAGCAAAAAUGAAGUUGGAAAGCCUCUCUCCGUUUUUCUUCCCUUUCGUUGCUCUUUGCUUCACGGUGGCCACUGCUGCCACUUUUACCAUUCGAAACAACUGCUCCUACACGGUCUGGGCAGCAGCCGUGGCCGCCUCCGGUGGUGGUGGUGGUAAGAGGCUAGAGAGCGGUGCAACUUGGAAUCUAAAUGUGAAGCCCGGCACUAGAGGAGCACGUAUCUGGGCUCGAACCAAUUGCCAAUUCGAUGAAGCCGGACGAGGCAGAUGCAAAACCGGUGAUUGUGGGGGGCGACUUAAGUGCAAAGCCUAUGGUAAUCCCCCAAACACCUUGGCUGAAUUCGCACUAAACCAGUACAAAAACUUGGAUUUCUUCCAUAUCUCUCUGGUUGAUGGAUUUAAUGUUCCUAUGGAGUUUAGCCCAACCUCUGGGUUGUGCAAGAAGGGCAUUCAAUGCACAGCUGAUAUAGUAAGGCAGUGCCCUAAGGAAUUGGAAGCCCCAGGUGGGUGCAAUAAUCCUUGCACCGUUUUCAAGACUCAAAAAUAUUGUUGCUAUUACGGGAAGUGUGGCCCAACGGAUUUUUCCAAGUUCUUCAAGGCAAGAUGCCCCAGUGCUUAUACUUAUCCACGAGAUGAUCCUUCAAGCACAGUCACUUGCCCUGGUGGAACCAAUUACAAGGUUGUGUUCUGCCCCAUAGGCUCUCCUCAUCUAGAGAUGGUUGCAAGCAUGAGCCAAGAAGAGUAAAGGGAUGAUCUCUUGGAAUAGUUGAUCUGCGCCUGGGAAUUAUAAAAAUAAAAAGUUAUUUUUUAGCCUUUUCAAAUGAUAAUCAUCGUGUGAUAUCAAGAGAAUCAAAUCAUUGCUAUGCAUAAAUCACAAGUAAAUAAUUCCUACGACUUAAACUCAUAACUUGAUAUGUGAAAUGAACAUCCAUAAUCAAUAGAUCAAAUAUUGAAGUUGGA